UUUUCGGCUUUCGAAGAGUAACAUAUUAUAGCAGGUGACUGUACCUAGCGACAAAUCAUUUAAUACUGAAUUAAUUAAUAAACAAUAUUAAAUUUGAACUGGGACAUAACGAAGCUAAUAUGUUUGAUGCGGUUAAUAUAAGCAAGUACGAGAACUAGGAAUAUAUAACGGAAAUGUGAACUCAAGGAACUACGACGGGCGCUUUUAUUCCAUUGUGUUAAAGUUCUUUUUUUCCUCGUUGACCAGAAGUUUCCCUACUUAUCCCAAAUCUAGACAUUUUAUAGGAGAUAGUAAUUUAUUAUGUUAUAGAUUUCGAUAUAUUGUCAUCUCGUACCUACGAAGCAUUUUCGCUACAUAUCGCGAAUUAUUAUAAAUAUAGACACUUGUAAAAAAGGCAAAUUGGUGUGAUUAUCUGAUUUGAACAGAAUUUAUCAAAAAAUUAAGGCAUUAAACGUUGUAUGCAUAAACAAUUAAAAGUUUCACGUUAUACAAACUUUUGUAAAGACCUCGUGUGUACGAGAUGUUUAGAGAAGCUACAAGAAAAGGUUAAGUAGUAUGUUUGAUACUUUACCUGCACUCGUAAAUCCGUGGGCGCGUUUUGGGUGCUAUCUUAAUCGCCGUGGUAGAUAUAUUUACGUCGCAAUAAGUUAUCAGGAGCCUAAUUACGGCCGCGAAACCACCUGUCCGCUAUCGUCUGUCUGUACAUAGGCCUUCGCAUAUACUUCCGUGCGUCUUACGCGCGGUCCCUCCCCCGUGGCGCGAUUGGUCGGAGCGGGAGGUGCGCGCGCACCGGCCCUCCUCGCUGUCUGGAGCGAUGUUCGGACUCCGGAGGAGCCGGUCGCGGCCGCGAUGUGUCGCCGACAGUGCUGUCGCGACCCCUUCGCAUCGCAGCGCGGACCAGACGCUCCGCACAAUCCGCAGAGACCGUGCGUUUACUGUACCAAAACUAUAUAAAAACUUCUUAAAAACUAACUAUAGACAUUAGCUCAUCAAGUAGACUCUCUGUAAAUAAUAGUUACAAAAGUUAUUGUUGUUUUAAAAAGUUUCAAAACUUUUUAUACGGACUUAAACUUUUGAAAUUAGUAUUAGUGAACUAUUUGGCUCUUUGGUGAUGUGAAAUGGGUUGGCAUCGCAAGCAGGUCCGCACGGUGCCGCGGCCGAUGGUGAGCUGGUGCGCCUGGGCAUGCGCGCUGCUCGCCGCCGCCGCGAGCGCUCAUGCGGAUGUCGACACCUCAACGGGCCUUGGAGACAACACACUGACUAAUUCAGUGGUGGAGGAACCGGAGUUCACGGACGUGAUUCAGAACAUGACGGUGCCGGCUGGGCGUAGCGUGCGUCUAGCUUGCUCUGUCAAAAAUCUCGGCUCUUACAAGGUAGCAUGGAUGCACUUCGAGCAAAGCGCAAUAUUGACCGUGCACAACCACGUCAUCACGCGCAACCCGCGCGUUAGCGUUACGCACGACAAGCACCGCACGUGGUUCCUGCACAUCUCGGACGUGCGGGAGGAGGACCGCGGCCGCUACAUGUGCCAGAUCAAUACUGUCACGGCUAAGACGCAGUUCGGAUACUUGCACGUCGUAGUACCACCGACGAUAGACGACUCUCUAAGUUCGAGCGACGUGAUCGUCCGAGAGGGCGCGAACGUCACCCUGACGUGCCGUGCUAAUGGCUCUCCUAAGCCCACCAUCAAGUGGAAGCGGGACGACAACUCGAAAAUUUCCAUCACAAAAGGACAUUCUGUGUCCGAUUGGGAAGGUGAAGUGCUGGAGAUGGCGCGUAUUUCUCGCUUGGACAUGGGCGCCUACUUGUGCAUCGCUAGUAAUGGCGUUCCACCUACCGUGUCCAAAAGGGUUAAAGUCAGCGUCGAUUUCCCCCCAAUGUUAUGGAUUCCUCACCAACUGGUCGGGGCGCCCCUCUAUUACAACGUAACCCUGGAAUGCUUCACCGAGGCGCACCCCACGUCUCUGAAUUACUGGACCCGUGACGACGGCCACAUGAUUCAUGAGAGCUCCAAGUAUCACAUGGAAAAUACACUCGGCGUUCCGGCUUACAAAACCCAUAUGAGGCUGUUAAUCAGACAUAUUACUACUGAAGAUUAUGGAACGUAUAAAUGCGUGGCCAAAAAUCCGCGGGGAGAGUCGGAUGGAACGAUAAGGCUAUAUACUUCCUCACCGCCGACCACCACGCCCGACCCACGGGCCGCAACCGUCCCGCCGCCGUCCAAGCCACCUCGCAAAGACACGCCGGUUCUAGAUAAAGGUACAAAGUAUCAGUCCAACCUGAACGAGAUCGACAAGGGCAAGCAGAAGCCAGACGAGGGCGGUGGGAAGUCUCACCUCAACUGGGUCGGGGGCGCAUCGCAAGUCACAGGUUAUGCUGAUUGGAGGAGGAGUCAAGCAUGGAUUCUACUUUUAAAACACAAAUACGAGCGUGACAAAGUAGUUAAAAACAAGACAACGAAAAGAAUUUUUACCCGGCAUUACUAUAAUUAUGAAAAAAAAAUCCAUGUAAAUCCGGAAAAUUGGGACUACGUUUGUAUGGAGCGGUCGUCUACUAGCCUUUUCAAAGCAGCAUAAUAUAUGGAAACAAGAAAAAGGUAUAUUGAAAAAUUGUAUGUUUUUUUUUUAUAUUUAUUUACAUGUAAUGUCUUCAGAUAUACAAAUAAUUUUAAAAAUUAUAAGUAAUAUAAAAUCAAACUAAUUCGGCACCGAACUUAAUAAGAGACUGUAUGAUAGAAUAAAAUAUGGAAGCACCAUUAUAAACGUCAGAUUUCCACAGAAACUUGACGUCUAUGAUGACUUUUUCAACACUUUGUCAUUAGAAAAUCUGUGCAGAUUUAGCUUGGUCCGGCUCAUUUACCCAAUAAAACGUUAAAUACGCUUCUACCUACAUUUGUAAGGACACAAUUUUAUUGACUCAAAUAUAAUACGUUAGCUAUGGGAAUAUUGCCAGCAAAUUGAAGCAACAAAUAAUACAAUAGAUAAAACUAAUGGAGCAGUAUUUUAUGAAGAAAGUAUUAAUACUGCGACCUCUUUUCAAUUCGGGAACUAUGGAUUACUCCAUGUUGUGCUAGAGCUUAUGGAUUGUCAAAUAUCACUUAAUGUCUUAAAAUAAAAACAGGUAUCUACUUAGAAUCAUGACUUCUAGAUGGUCAUCGUAUUAUAUACAUUAUAUAUACAAUGGUGUGCUUAAUUUAAUCAAAUUUCUUUCACAUAGUGUAAAAACAGUUGUUGUUAAUUAUAAAUGUUUAAACUAUAGUGGACAACAGUUCCUUGAACUAUAUGUGGAUGUCUCAGACACUGAAGUAAUUUUUGAAUUAUUCUACAACCAUGAAUUCUAGUCUACCUAAUUCGAAACAAUGGAUUAAAAACUAUGUAACAAUUCUAGUGAUUGAGACAAACACGUACUUUUUACAACAGUUCUCGGUGUAGCAGAUUUUAAUGAUCACGCCACGAUAGGCGAUAUCAGUGUUUGUUUGUAAUCAGUGAACCUGCACAGUAGCAAAUGUCGGCCCAAUUCGGACAAUGCUUAUAAGAUGUCACAGCGAUACGAUAGCGAUCUGUCCGAGUUAAAGGUGUAUUUUUUUACAACCAAAAACGUCACCUUUGACACGGACAGAUCGGCAUCGUAUCGCUUGUGACAUCUUAUAAGCAUUGUUCGAAUUGGGCUGUGAUCCCAAUAGGUGUUAAACGUUGCAAUAAAUCUGCUGGGCCGUGAAUAGUAAAUUUUAUUCUAGUGAAACACUGCACACGAAUUAAAUAAAUAUAUAGUGCACUAAACUAUAAUCUUAAUUGUUAUUUUGAUAACAUAGACUAAGACUGAAAUAAUAUUAUCUUUAGAAAAAUAGGUAUUGUCCAAAAUUUUAUUUGUGCUUGUUUAUACACCUCAUGUUCGCUGUGAUACAAAUAAUAAAUUGACGGGAUUUGCAAGAUUGUGUACAUAUAUAAUUUCUUAUUUAAUUUAGGUGACUCGCGUCCAAAUUUAUCAGUCCUACAUGUUUAUUUCUCCAUAUUGAUUCCUAUGAUAUUGAUAUGUAGGUCCUACCUAGACUUUGAAAUUGACUUUAUGAGACAGAAACCUUAUGAUUAUGCCAUAUUAUUGGAAGUGGCGUUAUUUUAAUCAUUUUUUUUUUACAACUGAUCAAGUUUCUUCGGUCAAUUAAAUUUUGUAUAAUGCAUUGUACGUAAAUGUUAUCGUUAACAUGUUGCCAAAUUGCUAACUACAUUUAAGAAACUGUAAUGCUACUUAGAUAGGUUGUUGUAAAUAUACCCCUAAGCCAAAGCAAUGAAGUGACUAGUAUCUGAGAGUAUAUCUAUUGAUAGUGUAACUAUGAGUUUAUUAUAAGAAGCGCAAGCAAUUGUAAUAUGUACUACAUGUCACGGUACCAGAGGAUUAGGUAAUAUAAAUUAAAUAAAGCUUGUUUUAAAAAUAAA